AUGAUGUGGUCUGCUUCAUUAUGGAACUGUUCACCGGUUACUCCCAUGUCCUCGCAAACGAGAGGACUUCUCGAACUGCGAGUUACCAUGGGUGGUGUGGGUCGACAUGAUGAACUCGGGCAGCUUUUCACCCUGCUCAUAACAUCCCAUUCCGUGAGUCCCGAUGUGGAGCAUUUCAGCCGUUCAUCUGAGGCCAAUCUUGACGUCGAAAUCACCGACGAUGACCUUGAAAAAGUAUGGAAUUCCCUGCAGAACCUCCCCAAAUCCUUAUGA